AUGACGGAUGCCCAGGAGUUCGUCAGAAAAUGCAAAAAAUGUCAGGAGAAUGCCAACUUCUACAAAGCACCACCCGAAGAACUCAACUUGAUGAUGGCCCCCCGACCUUUCGCCCAAUGGGGAGUCGACCUCCUAGGACCGUUCCCACCUGGGCCGGGGCAAGUGAAAUACUUGAUAGUAGCCAUAGACUACUACACUAAAUGGGUAGAAGCAGAAUCAUUGGCUAGCAUAUCUUCAGCAAAUUGCCAAAAAUUCUUGUGGAGGCAAGUGGUCACCAGGUUCGGAAUCCCAGCAACCGUCAUAUCGGACAACGGGACACAAUUCACCGACAAAAAGUUCAAAGGAUUCCUAGCAGGACUGGGAAUCAAGCAAAGAUUCUCCUCAGUCGAACACUCCCAAACCAACGGCCAGUCAGAGGCAGCCAACAAAGUUAUCCAAAUAGGACUAAAGAAGCGACUUGAGGGAAAAAAAAGGCUCAUGGGCAGACGAGCUAGCUUCAGUCCUAUGGUCUUAAAGGACCACUCCCCAAUCAUCCACGGACGAAACCCCCUUCCGACUCACAUACGAGAUCGACGCAGUCAUCCCAGUCGAAGUCGGGGAACCGAGUCCAAGGUUACUCCUCGGAGGAGGAAACAAAGCAAUCGAAAAAGAUCUGGUCAACGAGACAAGGCAAAUGGCGCAUCUAACAGAAACAGCAAUAAAGCAAAGGAUAGCCCUAAGGUACAAUGA